UGGAGCUAGCCGGUAGCUUGCUAGUAGUUGAGAAAACACACGUUUAGAAUACCAGAGAGGAUGCCCAAUGAGCCAAAUGAAUUUAUUUGUGAAAAACCCACGUCUGUGGGAUGAUUUGGGUUAUGAUGUUAAAUUCAAGGCUUAUUGUAAUUACGCGCUAUUCCCAAAUUCGGUCCUAGGAGCCACAGUGCACGAACAAGAGAGAAAACGAGCACCAUUUGCGGAUGUCAAGAGGAGACAUCGUUAUUUAGGGGGGGAAAUAACCCACUGCCGACUGGAAUCCUGUUGUAAUCUUGUUAAACGGCCCUGAUACCCUCACAAGGCCAGAAAUGAAGAGAACUUGAGAGAUUUUCCAUCACCUCUGAAGUCCAGGCCGAUCUUGAAGCAGCUGUGUGAAGUUGUCUCCGUCAUAUAAUCGGUUGCCACAGCCUCUUCACUGAGAACCCUUGCCAUUUAUUUACUUCAAGUUGCUAAAAUGGAUUGGGCCACUUCAGCUGCCAAGGUGAAUCCCUACAGCCGAGCUCGCAUGACUGAGACGUGGCAGCAGCAUACAGUUGCUCCUCCUCCAGUUGUCCACUCAAUCCCUCCUGGAACUGAGAAUUCAUUAGGCUGUGCUGUAUAUGGCAUUGUACUGCAGCCAGAUGCAACAUCUUUACAGCAGCAACAGAGUCAGCAUGGACAGCAUAGCCAACACAGCCAACAACACAAUGGGAGUCAACAACAUGGAGGUGGACAGCACAGUCAGCAGCAGCACUCAACCUCCCUACAGGUAGGUACAGAGGGAGGGAACAAAUGUGGGGCCUGUGGACAUGAUAUCUCUCACUUGGCCAACCCACAUGAACACCAGUGCAUGGUGAGUCAGGACAGGUCAUUCCAGUGCACCCAGUGCUUGAAGAUUUUCCACCAGGCAACAGACUUGCUUGAACAUCAGUGUGUUCAGGUGGAGCAGAAGCCAUUUGUGUGUGGAGUGUGUAAGAUGGGCUUCUCUCUACUCACCUCUUUAGCCCAGCACCACACAUCACAUAACAGCACCAACCCAAUGAAAUGUUCAAUAUGUGAGAAAACGUACAGACCUGGUUCCUCUGGAAAUGUCACGCCCAAUCAAAAUAAUCUCCAACAGCCCAGCACUGACAGGGCAUCAGCUAGCAGCAGCUCAUCCAUCCUACCCUUUCCCUCAGCACGAGACCGGCCAUACAAAUGCUCAGUUUGCCAGAAGGGCUUCAAGCAUCUCUCGGAACUCACAAGACAUGAGAGGGUGCAUACAGGUGAGAAGCCCUUCAAGUGUGACACAUGUGACAAGGCCUUCAGUCAGUCAUCACACCUACAGCACCACCAGCGAACUCAUAGUAGUGAGCGCCCAUUUAAAUGUGCUGUUUGUGAAAAGAGUUUCAAGCAUCGCUCUCACCUUGUACGCCACAUGUAUGUGCACUCUGGUGAGCACUUGUUUAAAUGCAACCUGUGUGAGCUGCACUUCAAGGAGUCAACAGAGCUCCUUCAUCACCCCUGCCACCCGCAAGGUUCCCGCCCGUUCCGAUGUGCAACAUGCGGUAAGGGUUUCAAACGGCCGUCUGACCUACGACAACAUGAGCGUACACACUCUGAAGAGCGUCCCUUCCACUGUGAUGAGUGUCAGAUGAGCUUUAAGCAGCAGUAUGCCCUCUUGCGCCACCGACGCAUGCACAAGGACCCCACUGACCGUCCAUUCAAAUGUAAUCUAUGCGACAAGGGCUUUAUGCAGCCCUCUCAUCUCCUCUACCACCAGCACGUUCACGGCAUGGACAACCUUUUUAAGUGCGCCUCUUGCCAGAAGGAGUUCAGCCAAUCAGGAGAGCUGCUUAGACACAAGUGUGGUGAGUCGUCCAGCACCUCACCUGACAAGCCUUACAAGUGUGAUGUUUGUGGCAAAGGCUACAAGAAAAGUUCAACAUUACAGCGUCAUCAAAACGCUCACUGCCAAGAAAAGCCCCUAAAGUGCUCCCUUUGUGACCGCCGCUUCCUGUCUUCUUCAGAAUUUGUUCAGCAUCGCUGUGACCCAUCGCGGGAGAAGCCACUGAAAUGUCCUGACUGUGAGAAACGUUUCAAAUACUCAUCAGACCUAAACCGACAUCGGCGUGUGCACACAGGGGAGAAACCAUACGAGUGCAGCCACUGCAACAAGGGCUUCAAACAGAGAGAGCACCUUACAAAACACCAGAGCACACACUCCAGAGAAGGCCAGUUCAAGUGUGUAUGGUGUGGUGAGCGUUUCAGUGACUUGGGAUCUUUGCAGGAUCACACAGUGCAGCACACAGCAGAUGGAGGGGGUUAUUCAGUUUCUCAGUGUAUUUAAAUCCACUUUCCCUUGAACAGACAUUGCUCUGAAACCCUCUCCCUCUUGUCUGUCUCUUGUAUGUCUUCUAUAUCCAGUUAUUUUUUAACUUUACCAACCUAUUGAAAGACCUUUUUUACUGUGACCCUCUCAUUCCAAAAUGCCUAAGAGGCCUUUUUGUCUUUGCUUUUUUUUGGCGCCAAUUAUAUUGCUUCCGAAGCCUGUCUCCACCCUUUUUACUCACAUUGAAGCAGAGUCCACAACACAGUUUUUAAACAUUUUGGCAGAAGGAAAGGGUGUUACCUAUACUAAAAAUAAUUCAAUGUCCCCUUGCCUACCAAGGCCAUAAACUGUCUUGACUUAUUGACUAGUUACUUUAAGCUGAUCAGCCACUACCACUGAUCUGAAGCAAUAAAAUCCCUGAUAAUUAAUGCCAUUUUGAUGCUCUGUUACAACAUACAGAUGGGUGACCAAUUAAAAAAAAAUAGUUUUAAGUGGCUUAUGCUAGCCUAACACUAUCAAAGUCUGACACAUUUUCAGAGUAUUAAUAAAAACCUGAGUUUUGCUUGAGUUGGCAUGCAUUCCUGUGAUCUCCUUUGUUUUGUGUAAGGUGCUAACAGAACAUGAUGCAAGCUGUUUUAAGGCAGUCUUUUUUUCCCCUAUCUUGGCUUCAGAUAAAAUCAAAACAUAUUAAUAAUUCAAUUGUUUUAUACAGUCUUGUUUUGUGCUGUUUUGCCAGCACCAAACAGGAAGCCACAAGUAGUGUACAUGGGAGAAGGGCUAAGUAAACUGCAAUUAGUGUGGAAACAGAAGCUGGUGGAGUUGGUGGAUAGUGCACGAAUACCUCUUUGAAGGCGAAAGAAAUGCUACGUCUCUCAAAAUCUUCAGUGUGUAUGCAAUGACAAGGUAAUAGCCAUAGCAUAUCCACUGGUUAAAUUUCUGGUCCUCGCAGGGGAUUUCUGCCCUCAUGAUUCCUGGUGAGUGUGUCAUGGCAAGCUAAUAGCAGUAGCAUACUCACUGGGUAAAUCUCAUCCUCGAUUUCUGCCCUGGUGAGUGUCUUAGCUGUAGCGUGCUCACCAGGGGCAUUCUUAUUCACACUGGGAAUAUAAACUGAAGUAAUAGUCUCUGAAUUUUGAGGGCUGGUGCAAUCCCUGUCUUAUUUUUUCCUUCUCCACUCUAUCCUGGUACAAGGAUUGGAAUCAUAAUCAUGUUUACUGGCCAGGCAUUAAAUGUUGGUGUCAGUAAACUGUGCUGUAUUUUCAAAGAUGAAACAUUAAAUAUUAACAAUAAACAAGAAAAUUGAAUACAUAAGACAAUAUUGCAGCAGUGACUAAAAAGAUACAGUUAAAAAUGAAUACAUUUACUGGAGGUAGAUUUUUUUUACAGCAUUUACAUUAAAGCAGUGUACAUAGAUUGGCACCAGCUGAGGAGCAUACAAUAGUAAUAUAUGUGUGCAUAGCAUGAAAAGAAAUACCUCGUACCUUGUAUACAUUCACAGUGGGUGUUUUUUGUCACAGGGUAAUUGAUGAUGGUGACAAUGCAUGAAGGGCCCACUCCCAUCUAUAUUCAUGCAGGAUAGUAAUUUAAACAACCAUUUUAAAUAAAUUGUGUUAUAUUACUAUGCAUUGCACCUGUGUUAAGGCAUCUGCAUUCAUUUUCUUUAUUUAAAAAAAACUCUUUAAUUUGUCACCCAUCUAUGUAAAGAAAUAUAUAGGUAAUACUUAUAAUUUUCUUGCUGGGUUCCGUGUCAUCAUUUUGCUACCUAAAAAAUUUCUAACAUUUGCCUGCACAUGUUUUGAUUCUGCAAGUACACUCGGCCACAUAAGUUGGAAAUGUCUGUGUGUAUUUCUUGGAAGAACAAUUUUUGUAUUUAGCUACUCUUAACAUGUAAACAUUUUGUCAUGUGCUCUCAUUGUUUUUUAAUUACAUUUAGUGAUUGUAUUGAUAUGUUGUGGGGGAUCUCAAAGAACACCCUGCAAUAGUGUGUUUGAGUGUAUGAAUAUAGAUAGUAUUCUGUCAAACGGAAAUUUUAUUUCUGUUGAAAAUUUUAUGUUGUGAAGGAACUAUUAAUAUUGUUUUUCUGUUACAUGUUGCUUACUCUUAAUUUUGUGUCAGUCAGCAGGUUUCUACAAACGUAAAUGACACCUCCCCCUUUACUGAAUGCUAUGAAAUCUCUGUUUAAUGUAGGAAGCCAGGAGCACUAGUACAUAAUCAUGUUUGGUGUGGCAUUUUUUUUUUCAAUUUGCAAAGCCUUUCCCUCUCCCCCACCCUUUCUUUCACUCUUGAUUCUUGAUUUUAGUGCAGUAUUGAGAAGUAUACAAUACAAAAGAGGAGGCUAAGCAGAUGGAACCUGCCAUUCUUCAUUCUGUCUUGCAAUCAUAUUUUUCUUCGGCCUUAAAAUGAGGCCAGGGUUAGUUCCUCUUUGCCUUUUCAUCCCCUUCUAUUCCCUGUUAAUCAUUAUCAUCUUUAUCAUUGUGCUAAACGAAUGGCUGAUUCAAUCAGCCAUCACAUCUCAAAUAGUUUUAAAUACUCAUAGUAGACUUAAAAUAAUUAUUGAAAUAUUGCAAGACAUAGCUUAUGGAUGAUUCCAGCCUUCAUUGUUCCAUUGUUUUGAUUUCCAAGGCCUACUGACAUUGUGUGUUGCACUGUGCAGUAAACUACAACAGGCCAAUUUGAGAAUGCAGUUAAAAAUACUUACAAGUGAGAGGAAUAGCCCCACUUAUUUUUUCAUGAUUGAAUAAAUCAUUCCACAACAAGCAGUCAUGGAAAGGAAAAAAACUAUUUCCAAUAUAAGCCUGCAUUAUACAAAUUUGCAGUUCAAGUCUUUUAGUAGUUGAUUUGAUGGAGGAUUUUUUUUAAAUCACCCCCUGUACACACACACACACACACAUACACACCCAAACCUCUUUCCCUUUUAUUAAUUUCAUAUCAAGUCUCUAGUUUCGCUUUCUCUGCAUGCUAGCUGUGUUAGUUCCUGUUUUCUGUCCCUGGGAAUAGAUGAUCUCUUCCAUCCUCGCAGCAUUGUUCCCUCAUAGCUUUUUGAAUUGUACUGUGGGUUAUAUGAAUGUAAAAAAAAGGAAAAUGAUUUUUUUUUUUUAUUGUGGCAAUGUACAGUAUGUUAUUUUAAUGCUAAGACUUUCUGUAUGUAUGUAGCCUUCAA